CCUAAAUUUUGACGAGAAUGGCUUUUAAUGUGGAAUUUUUAUUAAUUCUUUGCAUGAUGACGUUUGCACAGUCUAAGUCAAUAGAAGACGAAGAAAACAAUGCUUUCCUGUUGAAAAUUAUUGAAAAGCACGAGCGAAUGAUAGCACGUCUUGAAGAGAAAAUAGACAAACAGGACAGACGGAUUUUUGAGCUUGAGAAAAAUUGUGCGCCUCACUCACUAAAACUUUCAAAAACAUUCCGUGAAGAUUCCAAAAGUUCAUCUCAAAGUGCAAUAUUGAUAAAUGAAUCGGGAAAAGAGGGAAGUUUAAAGAACAGUUUCCUUCGAUCAGUAUCCCAGAGGAAUAAAAGCAAAAGUAUCAAAACGUUGGAAGGCAAGAAAGAGCGGCCCCGAAGGUUACUUCUGGGGUCAACUACAGCCCCAUCAGUAGAAGACUCCGGGGCGGUAGGAUUUUAUGCAUAUCUUGGAGCUCAUGAUUCAACACCGGCAGCCAAUAAAAUGAUUAAGUUUGACUCUAUUAAAGUUAAUGUUGGUAACGCUUACAAUCCCUUCAGUGGCGUCUUCACCAUUCCCGAGGCCGGAGUCUAUGUGUUUUCUUGGACAAUCGAAUGUGAUGGCGGUGGAAGCAUUUUCACCCAAAUAGUUAAAAAUAACGAAUUUUUCGGUUCUAUCGCAUCCGAUAGUACCCAGGAAUCAGAAUAUCGCAUGUCCACGGGCGUGGCCCUGACCUUGGCGAAUAAAGGCGAUAUUGUUUUUGUUCGCGUCAAUUAUGUUCAUGGUUCCAGAAUUCACAGCUCUAAUGAGGCGCGCUCUUCCUUUAGUGGCUGGAAAUUAAACUGA